AUGGCACCCCGUGGUACAAACCCUGACACUGUGGAGGAGGAGCUCGACAGUUACUCAAUGAGUGAUAUCUCACCCGAACAACUCGACCAACUCACGGACUUGCUAUGGAUGGACCCUGGCGUUAACGUAACUAUGCCAGAUCACGAGUGGCUGCUGGAUCAGCAGGCUCGAAUAGCCAAGCUCGACAAGUCCAACCGCCGCUCGAAGAAGAUCCGUGAUCGCUUGUCUGCCCGGCUCGAGAGCUUCACUCUGCAGCAUGUCGAUGAUGGUAUGCCUUCGGCCUGCCUAUGCCCUUUCCACCAUGGCCUUGAUCGCAAGUUGAUAAGGCGCCUCAUGCUUCUCAUCGCCGCUGAAUGCACGCAGCGUAUCCAAGCAUUGCGCACCUGGCGACAACGUAUCGUUUUCCCCGCUUCUAUCACUGUAUGGCUUGAUCGUAUCGACGCGGUGAGUGGACUUUGGUUCGGUCGCGACGCAUUCAACGCUACCUUUGGUUACGAACGGGCUUCACCCUUGAACCUGAUGGUCAGAAGCAAGUGUGAAGCCUGUAUCAUGUCUGUCAUUGGCGGACGACCCCAGGUUCUUUCUGAUCUUCGAGCACAUCUCGUCUUACGACGCGACCGCCGUAUUGAUAGAGGCAGUAGAGAACCUAGGUUACUUCGAUUGGUUGAGUCCUGGAUUAGCCAGUUCGAUGCCGAUUGUGGCAAGGCCAUUGUGGCUGGGAGUGGAGUGAUGAGCGAAGAACUCGACAAACUAUUAGUUAUCAUCAAAUCCAUGAAGGAGGAGCGUCCCCAGUCCAACACCUUGUCCGGAAUUUCAUCCAGAACAGACAGUCGCCGCCGAUCGAGAGCGCAUGAAGAUGACGAUGGGCAUGGCCAUCAUGAGCGAAUAUCACAUGGGCAUCGCUCUGGACAGAGCUAUGACCUUGAGAACAGUCAUGGGGACAGACAUUCGGGCCUCAGUAGAGAUGACGAUGAAGCUUGGAUGGAUGAAGACGAGACCUGCCAAACAUCGAUCUGGAUGGAUUGUCUGAUGCAGAAGCAAGGCCUCUCAGCCGCGCAACGACGACGUAUUUUUGAACAAGACAUGCACCCUGCCCUCAGCGACUACGCACAGAGUGCUGUGGGUACCUCAACGGGUGAUGGUCUGCAGAAGAAUUCUGUAUCGAAAGGGAAGAGUGACAGGACUUCUAUCCUUAGAAGACAAAGCACUCUGUCGGAGCGUGAUGCCGACACAUCCUCGACAUUUAGCAAUCCAAGCGCUGUGCCUUCGCCCCUUAACAUCAACCGACAAAUUCAACAAUUACCCAAUCCGCCCCAAAGUACUGCUGGUGGCAGUGAUGCAGGAACUAUGUGGGAGUCUGUCUUAGUAAUCUCGCCCCCCGCGUCUAUGGUCGAGGGCCCAGCUAGGCGUCGUGGCCCUAUUGUUCCAAACAGGCAUGAUGAAGAAGGCCUAAUGGCUACUACGUUCGCUGACGAUCGAGCCCACCUCGAGUUUUGUGAAAGAUGGGGAUUGCCAGCAAUCGUUGAGCCUGAGGGGGAAGGAUCAGCAACCCCUAGACCACCCCAAGCCCUGACCCAGCCGAAUGCGGACAACGUCUCAGUCGCAGCAGCCUCAAGCGUAUACUCUUCACAUCCUGGGUUCAGACGCUCACAAGAAAACCUGACUGCUACGACGGAGCGGGAAUGGUCGGGCAGACGAAACAAGGUCUCUUCCUCUCGAUUAUCGCAUGUAUCGGCUCGGAACCAGCCAGAUAGAGGCUUUUGGGAUCAGUUGCGCACCGACAGGGAAAAACUGCUUGAUGAUGAGGAUGAAUAG